CACCUGACGCUAUCAAGAUGCGCCGGAAGGAGAGUUGUUAGCUCUAGUGCUAUCAGUUGUCAGUGAGCUUGGUGCACCGGGAGCUCAGGUCUAGAAGCAAGACGCACCAGACUGCUAAAUACAGUUUGAUAUCGUCCAGCUUUGGUUGGGUGGGUGCCAUUAGUUAGCAUUGAGCUCUACUCAAGCAGACUUUUCAGUUACUGUAAGUCAUAGUAACGAAUCGGGCAGCUUUACUAGCUAACCAACUAACAAUCCCUUUGCCUGGCGUCAUUUCCUACUUUUGAAACUCGCGGCCAUAAAGUCACGAAAAGACAUGGAACUACAAGUGGGAAGUGAACCGAUGACACUGGGCUCUCCCACCUCUCCUAAGCCCACCUCUGGAGCUCAGUUUCUGCCUGGCUUCCUGAUGGGCGACCUGCCAGCUCCAGCUACCCCCCAGCCACGUGCGUUCAGCUUGUCCACGCCCAUUGCAGAGAGCACAGGCGGAGGAGGCUCUGCCCCGCAGCCUGUUGUUCCCACCCCCAAAGAUAAAAGUGGAGCCCCACCUGUUCGCAGUAUCCAUGAUGACCUGGUUACUGUGGUGACGCCCCUCCAUGCACAUAGGCAGUCUUUCCCAGUCAUGCAGUCUCCUCUGUCUGUGCGUCAGGCCUCAACUCCGGGAACAGGUGUGCAGCAAAUGUGCCUGUCUCCAGCUCAGGUGGAUCCCUUCUACAGUCAGGGAGAGUCUUUGUCAUCUGAUGAUCAGUUGGACCAGACCUGGGUCACUGUAUUUGGUUUUCCUCCAGCCUCAGCCUCCUACAUCCUCCUGCAAUUCACUCAGUAUGGAAACAUCCUCAAACACACGAUGGCAUCUCCUGGUAACUGGAUGCACCUUCAGUUUCAAUCCAGGCUUCAGGCCAGGAAAGCUCUGUCUAAGGAUGGAAAAGUGUUUGGUGAUGCCAUUAUGGUGGGAGUGAAACCCUGUAUAGAUAAGAGUGUGAUGGAGAACAGUGAAAUUUUCUCUCCUCCCCUCUCCUCCUCUGCUCUCCCUUCCACUCCUCGCUCUGCCAUCAGACCGCUCAGCGCCACCUACAGGAACUCUGGCAGCGACUACCAGGUAGUAGCAGACAGACAGACGCCCAGGAAGGACGACAGCUUUGUUUCCAAGGCGAUGGAGUACAUGUUUGGCUGGUGACAUUACACAGUGCAUCAUGGGAUACCUGCAGCUUUGGAGCAGUGAGGAGGCUCAUUGGACAGAUGGAUGAACUGAUUCACUACACUGUGUGUUUGUGUGUGUAGGCGUGUGGGUGUGGGCGUGCUGAGGUUGAGAACCUCUCUUUCACUUUCUCGUCUUUUAUAAUCUCUAUUUUUUAGUGUUCUUGUCAUAAUAAAGUUUUCCUCUGGCUUAAA